AUGCGGCCUUUCGCGGUCGAGGAGAAGGCGCGGGUCGGCGACCAGGCGCCGAAGGAUGUCGACGAGCUCAUCUUCGGGGAGGUCAAGAUCGAGGACCUCGGGGUGUUCGCGAAGUACACCGGCCUGAAGGUCCUCCACCUCGUCGGGAGCAAGAUCGCUUCCCUGAAGGGCUUCCCGAAGCUCGAGAAGCUCGAGAGGCUCGAUGUUACCGACAACCACAUCACCAGCCUCGCGCCGCUCAAGGAGCUGGCGAGCCUGGAGGCGCUGAUUCUGGCGAACAACCGCGUGGCGUCGAUGGACGAGAUCAAGGCGCUCAAGGGCCUCCCGCUCCGCGAGCUCGACCUGUCGGACAACCCGGUCCAGACUGCGGACAAGUACCGGGAGACCUUGUUCGAGGUCUUUCCGAAACUGCAGUACCUCGACCGCUUCGACCAGGACGGCAACGAGCAGCCGGACGACGACGACGACGACGACGACGAGGAGUACAGCAGCGAGGACGACGAGGAGGGCGAGGGGAGCGAGGACGAGGACGAGCCCGGGACGGCGUUCCUGCUCGGGGGCGACGCGGGCGAGGACGGGGCGGAGUACGAGGAGGAGGACCACCCUGAGAGCGAGGACAUUGACGAGGACGACGACGCGGACGAGGAGGGGCCCGCGAAGAAGAAGAGCAAGUACGACGACCCCGCGGGCGACGACGAGUGA